CUGCCUCCAGCAAAGCAUGAAUGGCCCCGAGGCCGUGUUCCCGGACCUGGUCACCAACUCCUCCCUGGCCGCCACGGAGCAAUGUGGCCAGGAGACUCCACUGGAGAACGUGUUGUUUGCCUCCUUCUACCUCCUGGAUUUUAUCCUGGCCUUCGCCGGCAACGCCCUGGCCUUGUGGCUUUUCAUCCGGGACCACAGGUCAGGCACGCCCGCCAACGUGUUCCUCAUGCACCUGGCUGUGGCCGACCUGUCCUGCGUGCUGGUCCUGCCCACCCGCCUGGUCUACCACUUCUCCGGGAGCCACUGGCCGUUUGGGGAGAUCCCCUGCCGCCUCACCGGCUUCCUGUUCUACCUCAACAUGUACGCCAGCAUCUACUUCCUGGCCUGCAUCAGCGCUGAUCGCUUCCUGGCCAUCGUGCACCCAGUCAAGUCCCUCAAGCUCCGCCGGCCGCUCUACGCCCACCUGGCCUGCGCGUUCCUGUGGGGCGUGGUGGCCGUGGCCAUGGCCCCGCUGCUGGUGAGCCCUCAGACCGUGCAGACCAACCACACGGUCGUCUGCCUGCAGCUGUACCGUGAGAAGGCCUCCCAUCAUGCCCUGGCGUCCCUGGCCGUGGCUUUCACCCUACCGUUCGCCACCACGGUCACCUGCUACCUGCUGAUCAUCCGCAGCCUGCGGAAAGGCCCCCGCGUGGAGAAGCGCCUCAAGAGCAAGGCGGUGCGCAUGAUCGCCGUGGUGCUGGCCAUCUUCCUGGUCUGCUUCGUGCCCUACCACGUCAACCGCUCCAUCUACGUGCUGCGCUACCGCCGCGGUGCCACCUCCUGCGCCGCCCAGCGCGUCCUGGCCCUGGGAAACCGCGUCACUGCCUGCCUGGCCAGCCUCAACGGGGCGCUCGACCCGGUCAUGUAUUUCUUCGUGGCGGAGAAGUUCCGCCACGCCCUGCGCAACUUGCUCUGCGGCAGAAGGCUCGCGGGCCCGCCCCCGAGCUUCGAAGGCAAGACCAACGAGAGCUCGCUGAGUGCCAGGUCGGAGCUGUGA